AUGGAGUUGCUAUUAAAGGCUGAAAAACCCUCAAACCGAACAACGAUGCUCUUUCGUUGUACUGCUAUUGUUGCUCUCAUCACUCAGACCGUUGUCGCUCUGACUCCGACGGCUCAUACUCCUGAUGGUCGACUUGUAUACGCUGUGCCGAGUGGUUCGCGCAUCAAGCAGAAGAGCACAGAUAUGUUGGUGUUUGCCCCAAACGGAACUCUCAUCCAUACUUUUCAAAAUGUGAUUCCCAAAGGAGCCGGGACCAAGCCAUCGCUGGACAAGCGCCAGGAAUUGAGCUCGACAAUGGCGUCUACGUCGUUUACACCGUCAGUAGAAAAUUUACUCCAAUCGUUCAACACCACUUUCGUCGUCCCGCCUGCGCCAGCAACAUUUGACAGCCAAAUUAUCUACUUUAGCUCCAGUGUUUCAGUGCUGCACCCAACAACCGGUGUGCGCUUCGGCAAUGCCAAGGCUGCCAUUCAGUAUGGUGGUAGUUGGUUGUAUGGGACGGGACCGUUUUGGACCUAUGCUCUCCUGGUCGAAAUCCCAGAUGGCCAUGUCCUCCAGGCCAUUACUGACGAGAAAAUCACCGUUGAAGUCGGGCAAAAAAUCGAGAGCACCAUCUUCAGCGACGCAGAGUUCAAUGAGGAGGCGCCAGGUCUCUUUUGGUAUAUUGCCAGCUUGCCGAGUGUGUCUAACACUACCUAUCUCGAAGUCGGCUGGGAAGUUCCGCCGAGUGUUGCUGCUUUGCAGCUCGAGGAAGAAGGUGUCUUUCAGGCGAGUCAUUACCCCCCGGGCCCGUUUGUCUUCGACCACAUCAAUUUGAAUAUGACCCACGAUAACCCCGCGGUGUCCUGGAGCACAAGCGGGGAUCUUGACACUAACGCGGCAGUCAACGUUGAUGUGGAUGGGGCGAAAGAUGCUCGAGUCUCUCUCGUCUUCUAG